AUGAUGCAUGUUUCGGAUGAGGAGGAAGUGAUGGACCCUGGGGUUCAAGAGGCCCGACGCGCAAGGCACCAGAGUAUGUUGCAUGAUCAGAGGCCUCAUAGCAGAGGAGCUGCGGGGUUUACCAAAGACGUCGAGAGCAAUGCAUUGCUUGGACAGUUCUCUUAUGCACCGGCCACGCAAACGACUGUUGUCACCACGACCACAACCACGACCACCAAAUUUCCACCCAUCUUGAUGCGUCCUCCUCGCCGAAUGCAGGAUCUUGAUCUGAAGCAAUAUCCACUAGCAGCAAGCCCCACGCCUGCUAGCCUCAAGAAGAUACAUUUUGAGAUAGGGGGAAGACAUACAAUAUUCUGCGAGGCACAUGACACAUCGCUUGCAUUAGAACAGUUGGAGGAAGAGCAAAGAACGCUCGGGGGCGCUAACGGCAGGAUUCAGACAAUUAGGACAUUUCAGCCUUGGUCAGACGCACCCGACGAAGAAGAAUGCCUGACCUCUUUUCAGAGACGGACAGAGAAGCGACCGGCUUCACCGGAGUCCAUCAGUGGCGACGAAGAACAUCCAACACUACAGGGCGCAACGUUUGUGUCAAGCCACCGUGGUGCUUCCGUACAACCCAGUAACAAACGCGAACCACUCAGCAUGCGGCUAUUGUCAAGAUCUCACGAUCUACGCACGUUGAACCCAGUAACUCCAGAAAGCAUGCCAAAACCAUCCCGGCACAGACGACUCAGCCGUGACCGAACCAGCGUGACGCGAACAACUACCUCUACGCUGCUUCCUUCGCCGAGCGUGGACCAACAACAUGCAUUUCAGAGCAUUCAAUCUUUUACCCCGAGAGCAAGUCAACAUGCUUCCAUACCCUUGGAUGACAGCGCGGGUAUAGAUCUCGAACAGACAAUGCUUGGGCGAGACAUGAGACGAGGUUCUUCGCAAGACACCGCGGUCCCAACACCUCCAAUUGAUGAAGAUGGUCAAAUCCCCGGCCCCCAAUCAGCCGGUCGCAUAGCAUUGUCUUCGGUGCCUGCGCGACUCCACGUUGCAGAAAGUCCAUCUGGGCAAGAUGGCUCUCUACCUAGUCCGUCCUUGUCUCCAGUGACGGCCGCUGCCACGCUACAGCAUUCAGGUUACUUUGCAGACCUUGACUCAAACUCCGAGGUAGCGUCUCAGCAUGGUAUCAUGGCAGGCAAGGCCCCCAGGGAGUCAUCGGUGACACCUUUUCCGCCUUCCAAUUCCACGGCAGAACAUAUGCGACAAUAUGGACAAAGCCCGAAAAACCGCUUCCGAGGCAGUUCCAUUUCGGAUAUACCGGCCAUGCUCGACUAUUUUGAAGCCAUACCCGAUGAGCUGAAGAGCUAUGUCAUGCACCAGCUUCUGCGAAGGUGUCCCAAACCCACUCUUCAAGUUGUUGCAGAUGCGGUAAACCCCGCGUUGAAGUGUGAUUUCCUCACCAUACUACCACCUGAACUAGGGCUCAAUAUUCUAAAAUAUCUUGAUCUGAAAAGCCUUUGCAGAGCAGCACAAGUAUCGAAAAAAUGGCGACAACUAGUCAACAGUGACGAGAGGGCAUGGAAAGAACUUUUCGAUGCCGAUGGCUAUACCCUACCUGAAGGCGAACUACAAAGGGCCAUCACAGAGGGCUGGGGUUGGCAGGACCCUAUUGGGCCUGCAGGUUAUGAACAAAAUCUCGGCUACGCAACCAGUUCAAAGUCCGGAAUCGAGGCUAUUGCAUCCGCUCCAUCCUCGCCCCAAGGGCAAAACAGAUUCGACGGUGUGCUUCGACGUUCGAAACGGAAAGCCACGACAAUGCUGUCCAACCGCAGUAAACAGAUCAAACACAAGGAAUCAUCACGUGAAGCCUCAAUUGACGUCAGCCUCGACUGGAUGAGCCAGGCCUCAAAUGCCGAUGGCCCAUAUCAUGCUGCAAGUGCUGCUCUUGUGGCUGUUCCACAACCAGACAUUGGUCUGCCGAGUCUGCGGGGUCUUCAUCUUUACAAGUCGCUUUACCGGAGGCACCACCUAAUUCGAAAGAACUGGAUGUUCGAGGAAACAAAGCCGCAGCAUAUCGCCUUUCGUGCGCACGACACCCAUGUUGUUACUUGUCUGCAAUUCGACACGGACAAGAUACUGACAGGAAGUGAUGACCAGAAUAUUAAUGUCUAUGAAACGAGAACGGGCGUCUUGAAGGCCAUCUUGACUGGGCAUGAGGGCGGGGUGUGGGCGUUACAGUAUGAGGGAAAUACACUCGUUUCUGGCUCAACCGACCGCUCGGUAAGAGUAUGGAACAUCGCCGAAGCACGGCAGACUCAGGUUUUCAGAGGCCAUACAUCGACUGUAAGGUGCUUGCAGAUCGUUAUGCCCGUCAAGGUUGGAGAAAAUGCCGAAGGCAAGCCGAUCAUGAUGCCAAAGCAGCCACUUAUCAUUACUGGUUCAAGGGACUCCACACUGCGUGUUUGGAAGUUGCCUAGACCAGACGACCCUGUUUUCAUUCAGCCCGAGAACGAGACAGAUGCUGAUGACUGCCCUUAUUUCGUACGAACGCUGACUGGACACCAGCAUUCGGUCAGAGCAAUAGCCGCUCAUGCCGAUACUUUGGUGAGCGGUAGCUACGAUUGUACCGUGCGCGUAUGGAAGAUCUCCACUGGUGAGACCGUUCAUCGGCUUCAGGGUCACACUCAGAAGGUGUACAGUGUGGUCUUGGACCAUGCCCGAAAUCGCUGCAUUAGCGGGUCCAUGGACAAUAUGGUUCGCAUCUGGGACCUGCACACAGGGUCUCUUAAAUACACCUUAGAAGGCCACACCUCUCUGGUUGGGCUCCUCGACUUAAGCUGUGAUAAACUCGUUUCAGCGGCCGCCGACUCGACCUUGAGGAUAUGGGACCCGGAAAAUGGGCAGUGUAAAGCAACACUGAGCGCCCACACCGGAGCAAUCACUUGCUUCAAACACGACGGGCAGAAAGUAAUUAGUGGUUCGGAUCGCACAUUGAAGCUCUGGAACAUCAAAACUGGGGAUUGCAUAAAGGACCUACUCUCGGAUCUCAGUGGUGUCUGGCAAGUCAAGUUCAACGAACGGCGUUGUGUGGCAGCAGUGCAGCGUGAUGGAUUUACCUAUAUUGAGGUUCUAGAUUAUGGAGCAGCUCGCGACGGUAUUCCUCCGCAUAACCUCGGCCGACGUAUUGUUGUCGACCAGGCGGGUUUCGAGACACGAAUUGACGACGACUACCUGGACGAUGAGGCUGCAGAUGUGUGA